AUGGCGCUAGCUCGCCGUCGGCCAGCCACCCUCCCAGUCUUUCUCAGCGCAUUCCUCUACGCCGCAGCCUUCCUCGCUGGCCCGGCCGCGGCCAUGGGAAAGACGGGCAACGUCUUCGUGUUCUGGGGCCGGAACAAGGACGAGGGCUCCCUCCGGGAGACCUGCGACACCGGAAGGUACACCUACACCACCGUCAUCGUCUCCUUCCUCGACGUCUUCGGCCACGGCAGGUACCACCUCGACCUCUCCGGCUACGACGUCUCCGCCGUGGGCGCCGACAUCAAGCAGUGUCAGUCCAACGGCAUGUCCAUAUUCCUCUCCAUCGGGGGCUUCGGCGGCCAGUACUCCCUGCCGAGGCGCAGGUCCGCGGCGGACGUGGCCGACUACCUCUGGAACGCCUACAUGCUCGGCACGCGCGCGGGCGUCCACCGCCCGUUCGGCGACGCCUACGUCGACGGCAUCAACUUCUUCAUCGACGGUGCCGCCGGCGCGCGGCCCGAAAACUACGACGAGCUGGCCAGGCGGCUAUGGGACUACAACAAGGGCUACCGUGCCAGGACGCCGGUGCAGCUGUCGGCGACGCCGCGGUGCGGGUACCCGGACAGGCGCGUGGAGCGGGCGCUCGCCACGGGGCUCUUCAACCGGAUCUUCGUCAGGUUCUACGACGACCCCCACUGCGCCGCUCACUUGGAGCAGGAGUGGGACAGGUGGACGGCGGCGCAACCGCACGCGCAGAUCUACCUCGGCCUGCCGGCUUCGGAGCGGAAGGUCGGCUACGUGCACCCCAAGAACCUCCACGCUGUUAUCUCGGUGGUGCAGAAGGCGGCCAACUACGGCGGCGUCGUGAUCUGGGAGCGCUAUGAGGACAAGCGAACCGGCUACAGCACCUACGCCAUCCAAUAG